AUGUCUCUGCUCCGCGCCGCGCCUGUCUCACCGUCCGCGGCGGCCAUGACACGCCUCCGAGUCCGCCGCGACACGCUCCCACGCGCGGACGGCGCCGCGCCGGCAGCCGCAGACAAGCGCGAGCCGGUCGACACGGACACGGAGGACGAUGAUCACGACGUGGGCCUCGACGAGGGUGGUCUCGAGGGAGGGGCCCGGCGCCGCGGACGGACGGGGGGCUUUGAGUCGAUCUUUUGGAAGUCGAGCGAUUACAUAUCCCCGGAGCGAAAAGCCGUCAGCGGAGAAAGGAAGAGAGUCACCAUGGCCUCGUCCUCGUCGUCGUCGUCACCCAUUGGCGUCGCCAUCAUCGGCGGCGGCCUGUUUGUCAAGGAGCAGCAUCUGCCCGCGGUGCUCGCCUGCCGCAGCCUCGCCCUGCGCGCCAUCUACUCGCGCUCCCUCAAGUCGGCCGAGUCCACCGCGGCGCUCAUCCCGGGCCUCGUCGCCGCCGCCGCCGCGGAAGCGGGCCAGACUCAGCAGCAGCAGCCUCACGUGGACCUCUACUCCGAGGACUCGGACCCCGGGCGCGCCCUCGUCGACGUGCUCUCGCGCGACGACAUCUCGGCCGUCAUCAUCGCGCUGCCCAUCCUCGCGCAGCCCGCCGUCGUCGAGGCCGCCCUCGCCGCGGGCAAGCACGUCCUCGCCGAGAAGCCCAUCGCCAAGGACGUGCCCGCGGCCAAGGCCCUCAUCGCGUCGUACCACGCCCAGCGCGCCGCCACGUCCGGGCGCUGCACGCUGUCCAUCGCCGAAAACUUCCGCUUCAUCCCGCGCUUCGCGUACGCGGCGGAGGCGGCCGCGCGCAUGGGCCGCGUGACGCACUUCUCCGUGAAAGUCAUGUCGCACAUGCGGCCCGACAACAAGUACUACCAGACGGCGUGGCGGCAGGAGCCCGGCUACCAGGGCGGGUUCCUGCUCGACGGCGGGGUGCACCACGCGGCGGCGGCGCGCCUGUUCCUGCGCGGCGAGGCCAACCGCGCGGCGACGGUGCGCGCGGCCACGGACCUCGUCCAGCCGGGCCUGCCGCCCAUUGACACCGUCGCGGCGGUGGUGCGCACCGCGGGCGGCGCGACGGGCACGUUCCUGCACUCGGCGGGGACGCUCAUGGAGGCGUUUGAGUGGGACGUGGCGUGCGAGGGCGGCUGGGUGCGCAGCGCGGGCGAGACGGUGACGGUGAAGCCAAAGGACGGGGAGAAGACGGAGAGGGUGUUUGAGCGCACGUCGGGCGUCAAGGACGAGGUGGCUGCGUGGGCGAACGGCAUCGCGCGCGGCGAGCCCAACCCGCUGCAGAGCCCCGAGGAGGCGCUCGCGGACCUCGAGUUCCUCGAGAAGAUGUUUGUGAGCGGGGAGAGGGACGGCGAGCUGGGGAGGUACGAGCUGCAGCUGUAG